AUGAAAGAAAUAGUUCUUCAAGAAUCCAAAAUUCCGCUAGAAACCCUCGUUGGGCGGAGCUACGAUGGUGCUCUCAAUAUGCGUGUCGAUUUCAAAGGUUUGAAAACACUGAUCCAGGAAGUUGCACCAAAGGCUCAAUAUAUUUGGUGCAGUAGUCACCGUUUUAAUUUUGCGAUAAACACAGUCGGUAAAUCGUCGAUUGAAAUGAAAAGAGCCAUUGAUAUGCUAGAAGACUUAUGCGUCUUUAUAUCUGGCUUCACACGAAAUGCAGUUUUCGUGGAAGAGCAAGGAAAUGGACAGUGUCGGUCGUUAAAGCGAGUCCAGACAACGAGAUUUAGCAGUACUAAAGACGCUGUAACUACUAUUAUAAAGACUUUUACUACUGUAAUUUCUACAUUGAAGAGAAUAAUUGGAGAUCCGCACAUGGAACAUGAAACCGUCACUAAAGCGACUGGUUUGCUGCACAGAGUACAAGAUAUAAACUUUGUUGUGUCUCUCCAUAUAAUAGAUAAAAUUUUUACCAUUACAUCCUCUGUGACAAUAUUAAUGCAGGGAGUUGCAGUCGACCUGGCUCAAGCAGCCCAGUUGCUUGAAAUUUGCAAAUUUGGCAUCAGGAAAUUAAGAGAAAAUGUGGACACAUCGUGGAAAAAAAUAUGGGAGUUGUCAUGCACAUUUUCCGAAACUCAUGGCAUUGAUACCGAGAUCAAUCGGAGACAAAUGAGAGUUCCCCACUUGCCUGGUGAAAAUUGCCGGGAUGAAAGACUUCAUGGAGAAGAAUUACUAAAAACGAGUUUAUAUAUUGUGGCUCUGGAUGGUUUGAGCAUUCAACUUGAAGAUCUUUCUCCGGAAAAAAAUUUGACUUUGUACCGUCAAGUGAGUCUUUUUUAG